UCCACCUCUCUUACAACCUCAAAAACACAUACACACACUGAAACGAAGAAGAGAACAAACUCUCAUUCUCUUUCUUCCUCCACCAAUGGCAGCCUAUAGAAGCUUUCAUCAAAUAUUCGAGCAACAAAGACAAAACAACACUCCAAAGUCUCUUCUGGAUACUCUCUCCUCUCCUUCACCUUGGAACCCAAUCCCCAUCAAAGGGAUCCACGUCACCGACCACAACGAAACGACACCGUUUACAGAGAUAUUCGGUGAGCUCCAUUUCAGGGAAUCGCCCAGAGGCGAGAACAGCAGCCUACAGCUGUGUACGGAAGGUCUAGGGUCAGAGAGCUAUUAUGACUUGGAAGAUGGUAAAGUCAACUGUAACAAAAACGUAAAAGAAAGUGAUAUAAAGGGUAAAGAGUAUAAAGUAAGCAACGACGAGGAGUGUGGACCACGGGGAAAGGAACGGAGAGAGUAUCCUCCGGCGAUAACGAGGAUGAGCUUCAAGACGUAUAGGGAAGAAGGGAGGCUUGUGUUGGAGGAAGUUAGGAUUCCUAGAAGAGAGUUUCUUCAAGCGAGUCGUGAAGAUGGUAGACUCAGGUUGAAGUUGGUUCAAUCCGAGGAUGAGGAUGAAAACAAGAACGAGCAGGAAGAUAAACCGGUUGUCUGAUUUGUAUCCGCAAAUUUUUAACUCCCUAUUCCACAAGAUCAGUGACAGUUAUACAAUGUUAAAACCUUUGUUAUGCGAGUUUUGUUGUUAACUUGAUAUAAUAAUAUUUCAAGCAAUUGUAAGAUUAACAAUUAAAG